AUGAGUUAUCCUCUCGUUAUAUUGUUGGCCAUGGGUCUUGAAGUUGGCUCUUUCAGCUUCAAACUCAAAGACGGAGGCUGCACAUCAAGAACCAAGAGUUUCAAUACCAAAACCCAGAAACCUCCCAAGAUUGGUCGGAGUCGUACUAUGGAGCGGUCGUUGAGUUUCAACAGCUGGGAGAUUCCCAAAGAGACCAAGGCUGACUCAGAUUUUGAGGUCGUGGAGACGAAGAAGUCAACUCCUAACACUUUGAAUGGAAGAAACUGUGAGAGAAUCCAAAUAACGAAACCCACAGUUACUCCCCCUGUGCCUUUUGUGUUCUUCUCCCCUAGACCGGUCACCGAGCUUGAUGCAGCUGCAACUACGCUACAAAAGGUUUACAAGAGUUACCGGACCAGAAGGAACUUAGCAGAUUGCGCUGUCCUUGUUGAGGAGCUCUGGUGGAAGACUCUGGAUGGUGCAGCUCUUGACCUGAGCUCUGUCUCGUUCUUUGAAAAACAGAAACAUGAGCCUGCUGUUUCGAAAUGGGCACGAGCUAAAAAACGAGCCGCUAAGAUUGACCCACGUCAUCGUUAUGGCCACAACUUGCACUUCUAUUAUGACGUCUGGUCAGCGAGCAAGAGCUCACAGCCAUUCUUUUACUGGUUAGCCUUGCAUCCAAAAACCCAUCUUAUAGAUCUUCCUGCGUUUGAAUCUGUUCUAAACUCUGUUUCCCUUCCAUUUGAAACUAAAAGGUUGGAUAUAGGAGACGGUAAAGAUGUGAAUCUUGAAAAACACCCGAGAAGUGUUCUGCAAAAACAAUGCAUCAGUUAUCUCGGACCAGUGAGUUGUUUUACCCUCAGGAUCGACGAUACUAUGGAGAGAGAAGCAUAUGAAGUGAUAGUGGAAGAUGGGAAGUUAUUGUACAAACAGAGCAUGACUCUGAUCACUUCAACGGAGGAAGCAAAGUCUAUUUUUGUACUUAGCACUACGAGAACCUUAUAUGUGGGGAACAAAAAGAAAGGCGCUUUCCAGCACUCGAGUUUCUUAUCUGGAGGCGCCACAACCGCUGCAGGAAGAUUGGUCGCACGCGAUGGGAUACUUGAGGCUAUAUGGCCGUAUAGUGGACACUAUCUCCCAACAGAAGAAAACUUUAAGGAGUUCAUAAGUUUCUUAGAGGAGCACAACGUUGAUCUCACCAAUGUUAAGAGAUGUGCUGUGAAUGAGGAAUACUCGUCGUUCAAAUCAACUGCAGACGAAGAAGAGGAGCCAAAGGAGGAAGUCUCAGAAGAAGUUGAGAUGCCUUCAGAGCAAGAAGAGAGGGAAGCAAGGCCGGUGUUUGAUUCUUCCAAGAGACUGUCUUGUAAAUGGUCAAGUGGAGUUGGUCCAAGAAUUGGGUGCGUUAGAGAUUACCCAAUGGAGCUACAGGCACAAGCACUGGAGCAAGUCAGUCUCUCGCCUCGGGUUUCGCCAGCUAAUUCUUACGGACCCAUUCCAUCUCCAAGGCCGAGUCCUAGAGUGAGGGUUUCCCCACGGUUAGCAUAUAUGGGAAUUCCAAGCCCUAGAGCUGUUAAAUGCUAA